UCUAGAAACGCGCACUAACUAAAACGCUGAAGGUUGUCUGAAGUAGUGUGCGCAUUCUCAAUGAACAAUAUCUAAGUAAAUUCCCCCCAAAUAACUACUUCACACCCAAAAUUGAAGGAGCUCAAUACUUACUAAUUUGUUUUAGAAAAUUAUGAAGGAUAAAAAUUGUUCAUCUCACUGUCGUUGUAUAUGCCAAUCCGAUACUGACGUCAACAGUAAGAAUGGUACAGUUACUAACGGUAAAACGCUGCUAACUACAAACUACACGUUUGUUAAAUUGAAACCAAAUACUAUAACAGAUAUCUACAUAAAUUGUAUGUUAUUAACAUGUAUUUUAAUCACUAUCUUUGUAUUUUCUCGACCAUUUACAGAACAUUUUAUAAUACGUUUAGUAUUUGGUGAAUCUUUAAAUUAUUGUAAUUAUACAUACAUACCUUCAAAAUAUAACUAUCGUCGACCAUAUAAAAUUUACAAUUAACACUACUAUUACUAAUAUAUAUUUUUUCUAAUUAGCAAUAAUGUCGUUAGUAUUUUUGUUUUUGCAUUUCGAUGCCUUUCUUUCUAAACUUUAUUCACAUCUUCCUAUUUCAAUUCAAUUGUUUCUGGUAAUGUAAUAAAGCCUUAAUAUUAUAGAAGAGUAAUCUAUGCAUAUUUUUGUAUUUUCUUUCAAAACUAUACUCUCAACACAGUGACAAAUACAUACCAAUCUCAUAUCUACCUGUUAUUUUUUACAAAAAAAAUUUAUUAU